UAGAUAAAGCAGAGCAGCACGCAAAGCGUGGAUCCUCGCCCCAACCGGACCAGAAAUGUGCAGCAGUUACGCCGCCGUAGCGCAGCCUCUUCAUCGGACCGGCGAAUCUCUUCCAUUUCCCUUCUUCGGUUCCUCCACUCGCACUUCCGUAGCGCGGCCGCCUCAAUUCGUAUCGUUCCAGAUCGGUCCCCGCGGCGCCGCGCGGGCGUCGCUAAUCGAGACCGUCGAGGAGCCGGCCGCGAGGACCUUCUACGAGCUUCUCGGCGUACCGGAAACCGGUACGUUGUUGGAGAUCAAACAAGCGUAUAAGCAGCUCGCCAGGAAGUACCAUCCGGACGUGUCUCUGCCGGAUCGAGUGGAGGAGCAUACCAGGAGGUUUAUUCGGGUUCAGGAGGCCUACGAGACGCUGUCGGAUCCGAAGAGGAGGGAACUGUACGAUCGCGACAUGGCCAAGGGUGUUCACCUCGCGUUUACCUCUCGAAGAAGGGGCAAAUUCGAUGAGGAGCUGCAAAUGGCAAACAAGAGUGAAUGGAAAAGCCGCUGGCAAAGCCAACUGUCCGGGCUAAAGAAAAGGAGCAUGCAAAAGGAGACCCCGGAUGAUGACAAUAAUCUGACAUGGGGGGCAAGAAUGCGCCGAGAAAGGAACAAAUAAUUAUUGCUAACUCGAAGCCAGCCAGCGUAUGCAUAUUAUAUGUCUUUACUUUUCUCUCCUUUCAUGUUAAUACGCGAGCCAUAUGCUUUUUAUGCAAGGAUCAGUGAAGGAUACGGCGAUAGAUAGAUAGAUAGAUAGAUAGAUAGAUGGAUAUAUACCGGAAAAUAGAUGGAUGUAUGUAUAUAUAUACCCUCUUUAAGGUAGUCUUGCUGACAUGCAUGAAUUUUCUUUUCUUGCAAGAUGGUUACUUAUCUUGUUGUCUUA